AUGUUCCAGAAGUUUAUCCUGUAUCAUAAUACUCUUCACAUUCCCGCUCCAGUUUGCCCGCGGCAGCGCCUUUUGGCCGGGCCUGCCGGACACGUUCGUUACGACACCCGACGCACUCUCCUGCUUGGGUCGGUGGUCGUCGCCAAUACUGAACUCUUCUUCCCGCGAGGUACGAUGCACGCGAACUCGAUAUCGAUGAUGGAACAACCACCACGGCCAGGCUCAAACGACGAUAGAGCGCCGCUUCUCAUCGGCGUGACCGCUGGGUUUCUAACCCUCACGCUCGUGUUCGUGGUACUCCGCGUCUACGUACGAGCCAUCGUGAUCAAGAAAUGGGGACCGGACGAUGCCCUGGUGGUUAUCUCAUGCAUUCUGACCCUGAUUACAGGCGUCGUGUUCUGUGUCUGCACAACGGUCGGCCUCGGGAAGCACAUCUGGACGAUUCCAACAGAGGUGCAGCAGGCGGGUCGUAGAUUGAUUAUCUCGGCGACUCUGAGCUAUCAUGUCACCUUCAUCGUGAUCAAGAUGGCCUUCCUCCUCCAAUACCGCCGGGUCUUUGCCCUGCCAAAGUUCGUCCUGUGUUGCGACAUCAUGCUGGGCUUCAUCAGCAUGUUCGGCAUCGCCGUCGUCGUCUCGUCCAUCGUCAUCAGCGCCCCGACCUGGAGGGGGGACACGUUCGCGCGGGAGCGGUACGACCAGGAGACGUGGUGGCUGGCGACCGCCUGCGUGCAUCUGGUGACGGACAUCAUCCUCUUCCUCAUGCCGAUCCCCAUGCUCAGCAAGCUGAGGCUCAAGCGGAUGCAAAAGGCCGCGCUGAUUGUCAGUUUCGGGCUUGGGUUUGUAACAACAUGCAUCUCUGUCGUCAGAUUGUCGACGCUGCCACACGUCUUCACAAGGGACGUGACUUGGGACGUCAUCCCGGCGCUGGUAUGGUCAGAAAUCGAGCUGUGCUGCGCCGUCAUCUGCGCAUGCAUACCGACCCUUCGGCCUCUCAUGCGCGUUGCCAAAUUGACCCGGACGCAGCGUGAUUACGACCGCCAGACGUCGGGGGCAAGCGGCGAGGCACGUCUCGCCCGAAAGCCGGUCGACGGAGGGACAUUCGGGAGUCAAAGUCAGCAGAGCCUCCCAAGCCCGAUGUUUGUGGACAUGGAGCCUUGCAUGGACCCAAGGCCGGAGCCCAAGACGCCGUCAAUCGUGUCGUACAGCGACAACAUUGUGACAACAACGCUGGAUAUCAGCCCGGCGCUGACGGCAGGGGAGUCAGACGAUGGGUCGGAAGGGUUUGGGCCGGCAGACGUGGAGAUUUCGACGCCGUUGAGCCCGCCGCCGCAGUGUUAUGCCAGUCCGGCCAGACUUCUGCCUCGGUCUCGAGCAUCGUCUGAGUCGACGGUUGAGGAGUGACUCGAGAAGCAAACCAUCGCCAUGAGCUGCUGCGUUGUCUGAUUUUAGCGUUUCUCUUGCACUUCGAGGUCAGCCAGGUGUUGUGUGAGUGUCCAUCUAGUUGUACUGUGUAUCAACAUGGGCAGCUACUUUAAUCGUGCAUUCAGUUGAGGUGGAGCUUAAUGAUACCUAAUUAGACCAUGACUGU